AUGGGUUCAAGGGGAGGAGCGAAGGUUUUGCAGCUGUCUCGAGCGAGCAGAAUGAGGACGAAAUUGCAGACGGCGUUGGAAGCGAGCGUUUUGGAGAUAGAAGACGUGUCUCAUCAGCACGCAGGCCACGCCGCCAUGAGGGCCAACGCUAACAACAAGGAUGGCGAAACGCACUUCAACCUCAAGGUCGUGUCCCCGAAAUUCGAGGGGCAGAGCCUGGUGAAACGACACCGCAUGGUGUACGACGCCUUAGCUGACGAGCUCCAGUCUGGUCUCCAUGCGCUGUCUAUUGUGGCCAAGACUCCCCAAGAGAUUGGCCCCAAAUAA